UUUAUCUCACGAUAUGAUUACUUAGAAUCAGUGACGACUACUAAGUACAAGUCUGUACUCUAUAACGGACAACUUACAGUACGACAAUACAACUUGCAGUUGCUGUGACUUAAACUUACUGUUGCUGCUACAAUUAAUGCAGUAAUAGAUUACUUUUGGAUGAAUGGAAGCUGACUGAUUUUUGUAUUUAGUUGGACGUACGACAAACAUUCAAUCUCCGAACUCUGAGUUCAUAGGUACGAAUUACAAAUUUUUGUACUUUUGAAUUUGGAGUUCAUUCGGCAAGCAUAAAAGUUACAUUAACUUAACGUGACUUAAUUCAAUCAUUAUUAUUAUUAUUUAGCCAAUACAGAAUCGUGUAUAGUUACGAUUAUGUCGUGUCAAAUUAUGUAUCCUCGUCAAGUAUUGCAACGAGUCAGUGACCGUAAAAAAAGAAAACUAGCUAUUGACGAUUCUGAUGAAAUAGCAUUAGAUCGUAAUUUAGAUUUGUUAAUAGAUUCUGAGUUAAAAGUGAUCGAAGAUUCCCAAACAUCGUUGAAGGGGCAUAGAGACUUGUUUGGUGAACUUAUACCGCAAGAUGAGUUUGUCAGUAAUGCAGAAGCUAAAAAUAAAUCAAAUAAAAAGACAACAGUAUCAAAAAAAAAGAAACAAUCCGAUGAAGAAAUUGAUAGUCCAAUAAUGAGACCAAAAAGGGUGUUUAUUCCUACCCCAAAAUUCAUGAAAUUAAUGAAGGAGGCGCAAACAGAAUUGUAUGCUUUAAUGGGUGUAAAUAAGAGUUCAAGUGACAUUUCAGUUGUAACAAGUGAUGCUCUUAAUGUCAGUGGAAUACAAAAUUUAGAAGAUAGUCCUAUAAAAAGUAUAAGAAAUGAGUCUAAAACAAAUUCAAAGAAUAAUGAUAGUGAUGAUGAAUCUCGACGAAUUCUCGAAGGAAUUGUAGCAUUUGUUGAUUACAAAAUUGACAACGAUCGCAGUCCUUCAAGCAUUAUUCAAUGCCUCAUUGAGAUGGGUGCCAAGGUUGAAAAAACAUUCAAUCAAAAAGUUACCCAUGUCAUGUUUUGUGAUGGCUACCGUAGUACAUAUAAUAAAGCAAUCAAACGUAACAUCCCACUAGUGUCAGCAAGGUGGAUGGAGUACAGUAAAUUAGCUAAUAAGAUGUUGAAACCAGAAGACUAUCCACCUGUUGGUUUGGAAAACUACACAAAAAAAACACCAGUAAAAAAUAUUAAUAUUCCAGUAAGCCAUACAUAUAAAAAAUUUUUAAGACCAAGUAAUAUUGAACGUGACCAGAUAUUUAAAUCCAGAUGUGAUCAAAUUAUGGAAAGAUUUAACAACUUAAAUGUGAACCAGAAUAAUGAAAAUGAAGACUGUUUGAUUGUUGAGACCACCAAAAAAACAACUGUAAAUAAACUGGAUGGUCCUUAUGAAACAAAUGAUAUUGUCAAUAUGUUAUCUGAUAAACUAUGUAAAGUGUUGAACAAAAUUAAUAGUCCAGUACCAGAUGAUCAAAUUGAUGAGAUAUAUAUACCAAUGUCACUUAAAGUAUUAAGAAAAUAUCUCACACCUAAUGGAAAGGAGAAUACAACUUGUACAGAACUAGAUAGUGAACUAGCUAAAAUUGAAGAUCGAUUAAAUUUAAAUACCCAAGCUAGACAACGAUUUCGUAAGCUAUUAUUUCCUUCCGAUAAGAAUUUAAAUAACAUGAGCAAUGUCAGUGAUUUCCCAUCUCCGUCACCUGAAAAAUUGAGAAUCAGUGCUCCAUCAAGAUUAAUUAGUACAAAAAAACGGAAAAAUAUGGUUGAUAAUAAAUUGUUACCCAAUACCAAAAACUUAAAUAGUAAUAAAAUAACACCACAACAAAAAAAUGGUAAAAUGAAUUCCUUAAAGUGGGAAAUACCUUCAGAUCUACGUCCAAAAAAAACUAAAAAAAUCACUGUUCAAAAAGUAAAAAGUGUGAAAAUAACUCAAACCAAAGACACGGUUUCUAGUUUAAUGUCCAGGAAUUCUUCUUCAAUUUUCCAGACACCAAAAGCCUCUUUAGCUAGCCCUGUAAUAUUGCAAUCAAUUACAUGUAGUGGAAUGACGAAAAGCAGUGAAACAAACAUUUUAAAGUCAUGUAUACAAGACUUAGGAACAUUUAUUUUUCAUCCUAAGAUGGAACCUUCGACCACUUAUUUAAUUACCAAAUCACAACCAAAACGAACAUUAAAUAUUGUAUUUGCGAUGGCUUAUGGAUGUUACAUUGUUUCUGAAGAUUGGGUACACAAAUCACACAAAAUUGGAAGAUGGUUAUCUCAUCAUCAAUAUUUGAUUUCAGAUUUAUCUGAACGUGUUAAAGAAUUUCAAUUACGUCGUCAUACAUUUGGGUCAUUAAUGACAUUUAAUAUAUUUGAUAACGUUGGUAGGAUAUACAUAUCAAAUACCUGUGAACCCCAAGCUAAACUCUUAAGACGACUGGUGCGUGCAUGUGGUGGCCAUUGUACAAGCACUGAGACUAAGGCCAAUGUAGUAGUUGGUUAUACACCACAAAUGAAUGAUAAUAUUCAUGAAAAAUGGAUUUUGGAUUGCGUAACCCAAGGGACAUUGCUAAAUAAAAAUCAAUAUAUGAUAGUUAAUACUAAUGAGUAAUUAGUGACCUAAUAAUUAAAAAUACCUGAAUAAUUAUGACCUAAAAUAAUUUUCGUGUGUUCUAAAUACAAUUUUUUUUUGUGUGUUUAUUUUAAAAACUAAUCUUUAUUUCUUUGAAAAUUAUUACUUCUUCACAUUAAAAUGUUUUUAUAUCUUCUUAUCAUAAAACAUUCUAAUGAAGUCAAUGUGUUUAGGGUUGUCUAUUUUUAUAUCUGUUUUCUUUUUCUUUUAAAUAGUAUUAAAUUAAUAUUAUUUAGUUUAAUAGUAAAAUCUUUCUUAAAGCAAUUUUUCUUAUUUUUGACUACUGUAUUAUUAAUUGUUAAAUAAAAAAAAAAACCAUAGCACGCUACUCAAUAUAUUUCCUCUACAAGGAAAAACUAUGAAUUUUAUGCAUGUCUUAGUAAUAAGUAACCAUGAUACCAAAAUCGUUUAGAAAAAAAUAUUUAUCCGUCCUAAAAACAUAUACAUGCAUAAGCGUGCGCGCGCACGGGGUAGUCAUGGUAGGCACUUAAUUACUCUGCGAACUCACUCCCCCCCCCCCCCCUUUCAAUAUUCAAUAUUAUUAUUAUGAUAAUAAUUAAUAGUCAAUCAUAAAAUACUUUUUACUAUGGUAAAAGUAGUUAAAUGAGGUUACCCCAUCCAAAUUAAUUUUUUUAACUUAGGUGUGAAUAUGAAUAUAUAUACGUAAUAUGUGUGUGUGUUAAUUUGUUAUGUACUUGUGUAUGAUUACCCUGCCAGAAAUUCUGAGCACGCUCAUGUACAUGUUAAAGGUGAAACAUCAAGUUUGGUAUGACUACUCUAUUCCAAAGAAGAUCAGGCUUUGGCGGCAACCUGUUUUCGUUCCGGGACGGUCAGAUGCCGUCCUCACUACUGCGGUAGAUCAGGCGCUGCCACGGGAACAAAGCCACACAACUCGGCCGCAGAAGCCUGAUCUUAUUUGGAGUAGAGUAUAUUAUAUAGGUUUUAUAUUUUUAAUUUUAUUAUAUAUUAGUUAUUUCUUACAGCUUCACUAUAAUGUCAGUUAGUUUUGUAAUGAGGUAAUAAGAAAACUAGAAUAAAAAUGUCUUGUCAUUUACAACUUUACAUUCAACCAGUUUUACUGUAACCUAAAACCUUAAUAGUUGGGCAACCAAAAAAUGAGGUAACAAGUCAAAUAAAUAGUGUUUAAAAUAAAUUACAUUUUAGACAUGUAUUAAUAUCUGACUAAACUAAAAUUAAUAAAUUUUAUGAUUUAGUAGUGUUUAAAAUGUUGGCAUUGAAUUGUAAAAAAAUAUUUUUAUGUAAAUUAUAGUGUUUUUUUUUGUUUCAUUUUCUAUUAAUAUAUAUUUUAAUUGUCUAUUUGUAUAUUCAUACAUUUAUUGUACUUUAAAAUUUAUUAUUUUUGUAACUAAUAAAUGUCUAUAUUCUCAUAACCA